AUGUCUACUUCAAACGAUAUUGGGUCGCUCUGCCUCGAGACGAUCGACCCGAUGCGAGAUAUACGUGCCGGGCUGGUACGUGAGGUGGGGUCGUUAGCGACAUGGUCUGUGUCUUCGUGCAAAUCCGGUUUUGGUGUGAAUCAAUUAAGAGAUGACAAUAUAGAAACAUACUGGCAGUCAUGCGGACAACUUCCUCAUUUAGUUAAUAUUCAGUUUAGACGUAAAACUAUUGUGAGUGAUAUAUACAUAUAUGUUAACCAUAGACUUGAUGAAAGCUAUACACCGAAUAUCAUAUCAAUUCGUGCAGGUACAAAUUUUAAUGAUUUACAAGAGGUUGAGUUAGUUGAACUGCUUGAACCAUAUAGUUGGAUACGAAUAAAGAUCAAAGAUAUCCAUAAUUUAUCAUUAAAAACCCAUUUAUUACAAAUAGCAGUUUUAAAAAAUCAUCAAAAUGGGAAUAAUUGUCAUAUUAGACUAAUUAAAAUACAUUCACCUAUUUCUACAAAAGAUUUUCUUCUUGGAAAUUUUAGCACUGUAGAAAUGCGACAAUAUACAACUAUAAAAUAA